GUCAUGCUCCUGCUACACCUGCGUUAGCGUUAACGUUAAUGUCAAUGGCCAACUACGCGUUACUUAUAGCAUUAAAAAUGCGUGUUGGCUACACUUACGCAAAGAGUUAAUCCCUCAUGAAGUAACGCGUUAACAUACAUUAAAGAGAUUAAACUCAGAUACACAAAAUAAUUCUAAAAACUAAAGCUUUCUCAUUUGACCAUUCCAUUACCGUGCUCGUAAAAUGCAGUUACAACUUAAACAAAGUAUCUACACUCGUCCUUGCAUGCGUGCAAUGAGAUGGCAUUAAUGUAGCCAACAUCACUUAGCGCUAUAAGCUACGCACUAAAACCCUUUGAUGCGUCCAAAAAACCGACACCCGAGUUAUCGCUUAACGUUUAAUGCUAUUUAUAUUGCCAUUAGUAUAAAUUGACAUUAAAACGUUGGCCACAUCUGCGUAAUGCCAAAAUUUAACGCGUUAAGACGCAGGUGUAGCAGUAGCAUCAGUCUGUGCCCGACUCUUGUGUAGUUUUUUGACAAACGGUGGCUGCGUUGCCGUGCAAUUUAUUUCAAGUGUUAGAUAGAAUUAAAAAUGGGGGUCCCAUCAGAAGUGCAAACAGAAGCUAAUUCUAUAGUUCACCAAUUUCUGCAAAAUGUAGAUAAAGCGCUUGCACAAGAGUUUCUGAAGAAAACCAAAGCGAAACCUCGUGUCAAAGGUUUGCCGUCACUCACAGAUAUAAUUCAAGAAUUUAAUAAGCACAAAAAACCCCAAAAGGCAGCAGCUGCAGCAGAGAGUUCUGAUGAUGACUCCAGUGAAGAUGAGAAGCCACAAAAAAAGCCAGUUGCUCAAGUCAAUGGUAAGGCUGCACCAGCUAAAAAACCACAAGACUCGUCAGACUCUGAUAGCUCUGAAGAUGAAAAACCCAAAGCACAAGCUAAGCCGAAACCAGCAGCUACUCCAGCCAAGAAGCCUGAAUCUUCAGAUGACAGUGACAGUAGUGAAGAUAAUGCUACAUCUAAGCCAACAAAACAACCAGUGAAACCCAGUAACGCAGCACCUAAAAUUGUUAAAAAGCAAGAAUCAUCCGAUGAUGAUAGCAGUGAAGAUGAGAAGCCCAAAUCUCAACAGAAAACACCAGCUAAAGCUCCUGCUCCAAAGGUAGCACCUAAAAAGGCUGAAAGUUCAUCCGACAGUGAUGACAGUAGUGAAGAUGAAAAGCCAAAGAAACCAGCUGCUACACCUGCUAAGCCAGCCAUUGCCAAGCCCACUAUUGCUAAGAAGCAAGAAUCUUCUGAUGAUGAUAGCAGUGAAGAUGAGAAGCCUAAACCUCAACAGAAGACGCCAGCUAAAGCUCCUGCUCCAAAGGUAGCGCCUGCAAAGAAGGCUGAUUCAUCAGAUAGUGAUGAUAGUAGCGAAGAUGAAAAGCCUAAGGCCGCAGCCAAACCAGCACCUAAAACUCAAGUCAAAGCAGCACCGGCCAAAAAGCAGGAGUCUUCAUCUGAUGAUAGCGAUGACAGUGAAGAUGAUAAACCUGCUGCGAAGAAGCCAGCACAACCUGUGAAGACUCCUGUUAAACCAACUCCAGCUAAGAAACAAGAAUCAUCUUCUGAUGACAGCGAUGAUAGUGAAGAUGAAAAACCAAAACAGGCAGCUAAACCUGCUGCUAAAGCUACUCCAGCUAAACCAGUUGCUAAGGCAGCACCUGCUAAAAAGCAAGAUUCGUCAUCUGAUGAUAGCAGUGAUGAAGACGCUAAACCACAGGCUAAGGUAACAAAACCCCAAGCAACGCCUGCUAAACCUAAAGCAACACCAGCUAAAAAACAAGAAUCUUCAGAUGAUAGUGAUGACAGCGAUGAGGAUCAAAAAGUGCCACAGAAGGCCCUCCAGAAACCUCAGCCUACACCAGUGAAACCAGCUAUUAAGGCUGCUGCUAAGAAAGAUUCUUCUUCUGACAGUGAUGACAGCAGUGAGGAUGAAAAACCAAAAGCAGUACAGAAAACCCCAGCAAAGACUCCUACUAAAGCACCAGUCAAAAAAGCAUCUUCUUCAGAGGAUGAUUCAAGUGAUGAUGAUGAGCCAAAACAGAAAGCAACACCUAAGCCUGCUGCAGCCAAGAAAGCAGAGUCUUCUGAUGACAGUGAUGAUAGUGAUGAAGAUGCUCCUCCUGCUAAAGUGGCAAAGAAAGAAGCUAAUGAUCAGGCAGCAGAAAAUGGUUUCUCAUCAGGCAAGAAGAGGAAAGCAUCAGGUGGAGACUCAGGUGGACCUGCCAAGAAACCCUACAGCAAUUUCGUAAAGGGUACAGUUACUGUAUCUACUCCCAAAGAAAAAGAUAAUGGAGUGAAUAAGCCAGCUCCCUUCCGCCGAGUGGCGUCGCAACCUGUAGAAGUGGACCCUAGACUUAAGGAUAACUCAUUCGACGCCAAGAGUGGUUCACGUGGUUCAUGGGGUGAGCGUGCUAAUCAAGACUUGAAACAUACUCGUGGCAAGUCAUUCAAGCAUGAGAAGACUAAGAAAAAAAGGGGCUCCUAUCGCGGAGGCGCGAUUGAUACAGGUGUCCACUCCAUAAAAUUUGAAGACUAGAAUGAUUAUGCACCCAAGCAUGUCUUAUGGUAAAGCAUAAAAAUAUGUUGAAUAUUUCUUUGUAGUCAGAUCGCCAGAUCGUUUGUCAAAACGAAACUCGUUAAAUUUUUUUUUUUUAAUCUUUCAAUAAGGUUACAUUAUGUACUUCGCAUUCCGCCCCUUUUCUUGUAUUGAGUUCUCAAUAUACUGACAUAGACAGGUAAACUGUAUUAUUUUAUGUAUUACAAACAUGAUGUCAAAUAAGUGUUAAAGUAGUUUCAUGUAUUAAGUACCUAGUAAACUCAUCUUAGGAGACAGAUAAAAUAGGAAAUUAUUUGGAUUAUCUCCGCCUGACAUGCAUAGCUAGCACAUAUGUUUUGUAAUUUCAAUCUUUAUAUUUGUAUUGCAUACAGAAUUAUUUUCAUUCGAAAAAUGGUUUAUAUGGAUAUAAAACAGACAAAUUGAGUAACUUUCAUGAUAUAUUUCAAUAAUAUUUCCUAAGAAGCCACAUAAUUAUAAAAUAACCACAUUAUUAUAAAAUGUGGUAUUAGUAUCGGGUUUAGUACCAGGUUUAGAACAACGUUCGCGACGAUGCUUUAUACCCAAUACUAAAUCUUUUACUUUAAAAUCCUAAAGAUGAGAUAUUUCAAUCGCAUUAUGCACGAUUUGCGUAAUUACACAUAGCAAAUUUUUAUUUUCAAUUAAUGUUUGAUAAAUAGGAAGGCUUUUUUUUCGUUUUUGUUGGGGCCAACUGUUUCAGGUUGUAACCACUGAUAAUUUAAAAUGAUUCUGACUUCAUUAUUUUUUAAGUGUUAUGUAAAUAGAUGUGUAUGUAAGUUUAUUUUAAUUGACUAUGUAUAUAGGUUAGUAUAAGCUUAUAAUUAAAAUAGAUUUUAAUACAAUUAAUAAGUAACGAGAAUAAGUAACAAUACAACAUUGUAUUUUUUUAAAUAUGUUUGUUUAAAUAGUUCAAUAAGCCCGCCUUUAAAUAUAAGGAUGGAUUGAUACUUCA